CCGGUGGCCGGGCCAAGAACACAAAGCUAUCUAUCGCAGCUCCAAAAGCUGGAAGGAAGAAGCACUGAAGUCAGCGCAAAUCACGAAUCUUCGUUCAUCCAGAACAUGGUCCGAGACAAAAUCGUCUGACGGAUUUCCUCACCGUUUUUUCCUUCCCCAUCUUGCCUGUUUCUCACAAACACUGCUUUCCCGAUUUCUUUACUCGCAACUCUGGAUCCUCAUCCACAUCUUUUCUUCCCCACCCGACGUCAUCACCGACGGAGACUGGUCCGAGGUUGCAACUGGUUCGACAUGAACGGUAAAAGGGACCCAAAGGGCAAGGCCUCGCGGCGCGUCUCUAUCGCCGACGAGGAUUACAGUCCGAGAUCACGGCCCGCAACACCCGGUCCCAGCAAUUCCGGUCACAAUGCUUCGCAGGAAAGCCCGGCGCCGUCCCAUGUUUCCUCUGCUUCGCAAUCUCAGCCGCGUCCGAACUCCGACAGCAAUCAACCCGUCCCUUCGGCACCAACAUCUUCGGCGACACCUGCCCCGGCCCAUGCAUCGUACAUCCCAGCCAAUCGCUACAGCGCUCUCCCGACUACGGUCCCGCAGGCCUUCAACGGUUACCGACCCUUUAUCGUCAAUCCUCAGAUAGGCAUCGGCACAUCUUUCGCACCGGUGAUAAAUCCGUUCGCCAUGGCACCUCCGCAGACUGCGGCGCCGAACCCGGGCAAUCCUCCGGACGAACUAGGGCCUCCACCUCCCCCUCCUCCGCCUCCUGCCAUCCCACCUGUUGUCAAUCCUUACGGCGUGCACUUUCAACCACAAGUCCCCGGCACUGAGACGGGCCCUAUGGUCCAUCGUUAUGUCCCUCGUCAGGAUCCUAUCGGUGCGCCUGGGAUGCUGUUCCCCGGUCAGCAGAUGGCUGGGUAUAUGGUCAGUGGUUCGUCGACGUUCCUUGGCUUCUUAAUGCUAUGACCAAGUGGUCUUAUCGGCUUUUCAUCAGUCCCUCUCACAAUCACGCAUACUUGCCAUCCGGCCGUGGAGACAUUAGCUGACUUGUUCCAGGCGAGCGGAGCGGUCAUGCCAAUGCAGACCCUGCCCAUCGGCGUUGCUGCUGUUACAGCUCCGAUGAACCCCAUCGUCG